UACAAAGAUGUCUUUUAUUUACCUCUUCUCUUGGUUGUUGCCCUAUAUUCCAUUAAUUUCAUGGAUACAAGAGGCUUGGUUCCAUUAGGUUGAGACCCUCUGGUGCAAUUAAAAAUGCAGCUGCACUAUUGUUCUGCAGGCAGAUGCAGCUCCCAGCUUAAACCCCAAAAGAUCUAUGAGACAUAUGUGAUGAUACCACACCUAACCUGUUUUUAAUGUGCAAAUUCUUCUGUCAGGUAUUUUAAGAGCUGUAGGAGUUUUCUGUGUUUUUCAGGCUGCAACCUCCUUUUCCUUUAUUUAUUUAUUUAUUGAACUUACCUUUAUGUGUCUUGGGUGGUUGAAUCUAGAACCCAUUUUAGGAGCUUCAAUUUAGGUUUUAAAAUGGAUUGGGGUUUCAUGGUUUUGGUUGUUGGUUUGGAGUUUUAGUUUGCUAAAGGAGUAGCCUGUGUGGUGAGGAGCCAAUGAGAUAUGCCAGAGACCACAAACAUGAGACGUGCUCACACACCAGUGCUCCAUCAGAGCAAGCUGCUCCAGUGACCAGUGUGAGCAGUCCCUUUUUUGCCAUGAGACUGCUUACAGAGGUGGGAGUUGCACGAUUGGGCCUUUCCUCAAGGUGGCUGUGGAAGAAAAUCUGGGGUUUGCCUCUUUGCUUGUUUUUCACACUUAACCUAGAGUUGUCACCACUGAGGCAUGCAUGUUCCCCUCACUUUUUAGAUUUGCAAAAGCACCUGCAGAGCACCAGGUCCCUUGUAGAAAGUUUGUUUCCCCUCCCCUCAAGACUUCGUGAGUGCUCAUUUUCUGCUUUGAGGUUUCAUGGAACUGUACCUGCCCCUGCAGGCCAUGGAGCUGUACCUGUCCCUGUGGGCCACACUCAAGACAGAAGUGUUCCUUCAGGCACCUUUCUGUCUGCUCAGCAUGGCUACACCUAAGAAUUGUCAGGAAACAUGCAGCUGGAUGUGGUGUAUGUUUGUGGAGUCCUUGCAGCACCAGAGGUAGAGCUCUCUGUAGAUGGAAGGACAGCUCUGAGUUUAGGUGUGCUGGUGUGAGACCAAAGUGACUCCACAAAUAUCAUCACUUGUAUUUCUUUUCCUUACUGUGAGGUUCCAUUGUGCUGAGUGUGGAGCACAUCUUGUCCCAGAGAAGUCGGUACAUGGGAAGCUCGGGAAACACAUAAGAGAAAAAGGGUAGCUAGUCUUUGGCAUUGGAUUGGGUCAUUCCAUUGAAUCACAUCAAUGGCCCAAUCUUGGGAUCUUUCAAUAUCCUAAGAGAACAGGAUUGUAGAAGGACUGACAUGCUUACACAUGCUUUAUAUCAAUUGAUGAAUGCUUGUAUAAAUGCUAAGCAUUCCUUUUCUUGACAAGGAGGUUUACUAUUGAAUUUGCUGGGAGACAAAAAAAAUAAACCAAGGUUUGCCAAUAAUUAAUUUGCUGUAUUCUGAAAGAUUAAAAAAUCUUGACCUUACAACGACUUACUCCUGUUUACACCUGUAAUUCUAAAAGGUUCUAAAUCCACUUCUGGUUGUAAUUUACAUUAGGUAUAAAUGGAGCAGUGCUUCCAGUGAUUCAUGGGGUAUAUGUCAAUAUAUUAUUAAGACAUAGCAUGAGUUAUAUUGUAUAGAAAGUUAAAAGGAAGGAAAUUCAUGACAUGUAAAUUUUUUUCAGGACAAAUGCUGACUGACUUUAAUCCAAAAUCAUGGCCACUUAGAUGCUUCCUUAUUUAAAACAAAAUCAACAUAACCUUUCAGAAGGGUUGUGUGUUGAUUAUCAGGUAAUUUAAAGUUGCAAUAUUUUGAUUCUUUUUCCAGAAGAUUGUAGUAGCUUUAUCUCUGAAUCUGGUAUUCAUAGUCUGAAGAGGAAAGCAUACAGGCUAGAGUUCCUUAUCAUAAUAGCCUUGAAGAAAUAAUUUUAUCUAUUUUGAAAGGAAUUUUAUCUAUUUUGUAGCUCUUGUAAUAAGGAGCCAAACUUUGAAGCUAUUUGUAUUCCUAAAUAGAAGAAUUAUCUAUUAUCACUGAGGUGCUAAUCCCUUUCCUGCUGUAAAUGAAGAGUGAGACAGUUUCAGCAUUUGAGAGCAAGAUUGUUUCAAUGGGGUGCCCACCCAGCUUUUGAUUUCUAACUUUGGGCUCUUAAAUUAGCUGAAAAUCUAAAGAGAUGUGGCUGCAUUGAAGACGAUGAAGCCAUACACACUAGUGUAUGCUAGUGACAAAUUUGAUUCAUGGGUAAAACUUAAACAGUGAAAAAUUAAAAAACAUCUCUUUUGUGCCAAACAAAAACAGACCGUAAUGUUAGGGUUUUGUGUCAGAAACAUUUCUAAAACAUUGUUCUUUUAGAUAAAUCAUCAUAAAGGUUUAUUGAUUUACAAAUUGAUAACAAAUAGAUGCUUUAGUGCAAAUUCUCAUAUCUGCACAUAUGAUCUCUUAUUUUCCAGAGCGUGACAAUUCUUGCUUCUGCUGAUUCUAGAGCAGAGGAAAGGGAGAAAAAUCAGGGCAUGGUUUCCUAUUCAUAGAUUAACCGUACCAAAGGCAAAAGGGUAAAUUCUACUCUUAGCACUUAAAAUUUAGCCCAAGACCUGUUGUGCUCAAGUCUGGUGUGACUUUUAACAGACACAGAGCCAAAACCUACACAUGGCCAAUUGCAGAACUGAGAUGGGGUGCCAGAUGUCCUGUCAUAUAUUCUUUGCUGAUACAGGGCCUAAGCUGAAGUUAGCUGGGAUUUCAUUAGUAUUUACCAGAUAAAAUAAGACUACAGUCUUCCUCUGGGAGGGAUUCAAACACCCUUGAGGAUUUUCUAAAGUCUUUUUUUUUCUGCUUUUAUCCAUUUGUGUAGUGCUUGUGGAUCUUAAUCUACAUUUAGGAACCGUGCCUAAUUAUUCUACGUAACUAUUGUGAAGAAAAAAAAUCUUUCCAUCAUCACUUUUCCAUUAGCUCUAUUUUCUCUCAAUGGUUCAUCCCUGCAAAAUGGAUCAGCUUUGUCGAAUGUCUUAAAGUCACCUAAUUCAAGGAUAAACCCUGAUGCGAUCAGUGUGAGAUCUGAGGGUGUGUGUUUCAGGACAGGCAGUCAUCCAACCUCAAAGAAAGCAAGCUAAGACUAUUCCACUUUAUUCCACUUAAAAAAAACCCAAACAAACCAAAACCCCAUAACAAACUGUACUCCAGUUUAUUUUUAUUAAAAAAAAAAAAAAACACAAACCAAACAAGCAAAAAAAAAUUAGCCCUGUAGUUAAGCUCUUCAUUUAAGAAAUCAGGAAAUGGGACUUCUCCAUUGGGAUGUGUUUUCCAACAGAAUUCUGCUCGAAGACAGCAAGAGGCAGGAAGGAGUACAGCUGACAAGUGUGUGACUUAAGUUGCAGAAAUACUGAGUGUAAGGCUUGUCGUGACAAAGGCUGGUAAAUUCAGGAAUACAAAACUAGAAAAAACUUUCUUCUUUGCACCACCUCCCCUUGGCACUCCCAGUCCUGCUGAAGCCCCAGCAACAGUGAGAAGGCAGGUGCAGUUGGAAUAAGGUGCCCUUGCUGAGUGUGACCCUUUUCUGGUGGGUAUAUUCUUGAAGUGGUUUUUUUGGUUGGUUGGGGUUCACUGUCCUCUGGAAAAAUGUGACGUAAUUAACUGAUUAAUAGUAGCUAGGUGACCCUAGAAGGCAGUAGUAAAAUGCAUUCUGAUUUCUUUUUUUCUUCCUUUGUGUUCAGUCGUACUUGCAGGAGAAGUAAGGCACUUGUACCUUACCACCUGCUGUAAAUACGCCAUGCUUCCAGUAACCGAGCAGGCUAUAAUUAUAGGGUUUUCCCUCCUGCAAGAGAAGCUGCUUUUCCCACUGACUACUUUAAUAAAAAUGGACCUAUUGAAAGCUCUUCAGUCCCAUAGGAACUUAUGCAAAUUGUUGAGUGGAAGGUGGUUUUUUGCAUUUUGCAUAGCUGUAGUAAUUUCUGAGGACUAUAUAUAGAUGUUAAACAAAUUGCUUGUCUGGAAUUAAAGUUUAGGUGCAGAAUAAAGCAAGACAGCAUUUUUGGAUAUUAAGCAGUGUUAUGGUACAGGUGCAACAGCCAGAAUGCUCUGUAAGAAUACCCAAUGUUUUUUUGCAAAUUGCAUAGACCAUAAUCUGUUCAACAUCCUACCUGUCGGCAGCCCUGCAGCCUACACACUGUCUUUUUGCAAUUCUAGCAUGGGCCUGGUGAGGAAAGCCAGGAUUUGUAAGUUGGAAGGUGGGAGACAGCAAUGCAUUGGAUUUGAGAUGUACUGUUGAUGUUCAGAAGCAAGUGAGUAGACCAAAAGGUUUAUGAAAUUAUUAAAUACAAUAAUAGCUGUUACUUUCCCACUGCAAAUUUUUAGAGAGCAGGUUGAAGAUCUUGUUAAGGGGAAAGAAUAAUCAUGGAAAUUGGGCUAAAAAAAGUUAGGAUAAAGUUGAACCCUUUCCCAGGAAUUCGAACUACAUCCUCCUCUGCUUCCAUCCCUCAAGAAAAUGCUUGCUUAAUUCCAGGAAGCAGGCUUGACAGUGCAAGCAUCUGAGUUACAAGGAACAGACAGCAAAGAACAGCUUCUCUACUUGGUAGGAAGUGGAACCAGCUGCAGCAGGUGAAGAUGUGACCUAACAUUCCAUGGCUGAACAAAGAAUGUGUAGGCUGUUUGUCCCCUCCCCACCUGAGGCUACCUCAGCUGCCCAUGCCAUACUUCAAGGUGGGGACCAAGUUGUGGUGGGACUACCUGCUCCAGCAGCACAUCUGUUAUCCGAGGGGCCACCAGCUGUCUGUAGCCAGCACUUGAGCCCUGGGACCUGCAGGGUCCACUUCUGUAUGAGAACCUGAGUUUUGUUUCUACCCCACUAACUCUCCACACGCUUCUCCCUGGUGCUUGUGGUUACUGGUCGCUGGCUCCUCGGAAGAUGGUGUGUCGCAAGCAGAGGGCAGGAGCUUCCUGGUAUCGCUUACCAUGCUGUGGAGCCAGCCAUCUGUCAGCAAAACAGGAAGGCAUGGGUUCCUUCUCCCUGCUGGGCCUGUUUCGCUAUUUUCGGGAGCUGUACUUCUGCCCCGCGCAGCGCCAGGCUGGUGUGAUCUGAGGCAAGGGCUCCCAGGCGAGCGAGGGGCCAAAGCCUGGAGCUGCUGCUCUGCCCAUCUGCUGUGGCUGGAGGUGUAUUCAUUAUUAAUGGAGGUAGUGGCUGUUGCUGCUCAGAUAUGCAGCCCUGCCUGGAUAACUCGAGGAAAAUGGAAACAGAUGAGGCUCAAGAUAUGUCCCAAGUUUCAGGAAAGGAAAGUCCUCCAACUAGUGAUGUUCCUGAUGAUCCGGAUGAACCUAUGCCUAUACCAGAGGACCUUUCAACUAGUACUGGAGGUCAGCAGAGUUCUAAGAAUGACAGAAUCUUGGCUGCCUAUUUCUCUGUCCUUCGAAAGCCACCCUCUACGUCCAGUUUCCCAGGAGCUGCAUACGGGGCGGAAGGCUUUAGGGACUUUCAUGCAAUAAUUCCCAAAUCUUUUUCCACUGGUAAUAUUAAAAUAGAGACUCAGAGUGAUGAAGAGAAUGGGCGUGCCUGUGAAAUGAAUGGGGAAGAAUGUGCAGAGGAUUUACGAAUGCUUGAUGCCGCAGGAGAGAAAAUGAAUGGCUCACACAAUGGCCCAGGCAGCAAGGCUUUGUCAGGAGUUGGAGGCAUUCGACUUCCUAACGGAAAGCUAAAAUGUGAUAUCUGUGGGAUAAUUUGCAUCGGUCCCAAUGUGCUCAUGGUUCACAAACGAAGCCACACUGGAGAACGCCCUUUCCAGUGCAAUCAGUGUGGAGCCUCCUUUACCCAGAAGGGCAACCUCCUGCGCCACAUAAAGCUGCACUCAGGUGAAAAGCCCUUCAAGUGUCACCUGUGUAACUACGCUUGCCGCCGCAGGGAUGCCCUCACGGGACACCUGAGGACUCACUCAGUUGGCAAGCCCCAUAAGUGUGGAUACUGUGGUCGCAGUUACAAGCAGCGCAGCUCUUUGGAAGAACAUAAAGAACGCUGCCAUAACUACCUUCAAACCAUGAAUCUCUCAAGCAGCAUCUAUCCAGUCAUAAAAGACGAAAGUAACCAGAGUGAAAUGGCUGAAGACCUGUGCAAGAUAGGGUCAGAAAGAGCCCUCGUGCUGGAUAGACUAGCAAGUAACGUCGCCAAACGUAAGAGCUCUAUGCCUCAGAAAUUUGUUGGUGACAAAUGCUUGCCUGAUCUUCCAUACGAUGCCAGCAUCAACUACGAGAAGGAGAACGAGCUCAUGCAGACGCACGUGAUCGACCAGGCCAUCAACAACGCCAUCAGUUACCUGGGGGCAGAGUCCCUGCGUCCCCUCGUCCAGACACCGCCAGGUGGCUCUGAGGUAGUGCCCGUCAUCAGCCCCAUGUAUCAGCUCCACAAACCUCUUGGGGACAAUCAGAUUCGCUCCAACCUCCCUCAGGACAGCGCAGUGGAAAACUUGUUGCUGCUUUCCAAAGCCAAGUCUGUCUCCUCUGAACGAGAUGUCUCUCCCAGCAACAGCUGCCAAGACUCAACAGAUACAGAGAGCAAUAAUGAGGAGCGCAGUGGUUUGAUCUACCUGACUAACCACAUAGGUGCCCAUGCAAGAAAUGGCAUCUCUAUAAAAGAAGAAAACAGGCAAUACGAUGUCUUGAGAGCAGGUACUGACAAUUCCCAGGAUGCUUUCAAAGUGAUCAGCAGCAAUGGGGAGCAAGUAAGGGUUUACAAGUGUGAACACUGUCGAGUCCUUUUCUUGGAUCAUGUGAUGUAUACGAUCCAUAUGGGCUGCCACGGGUUCCGCGAUCCUUUUGAAUGCAACAUGUGUGGCUACCACAGCCAGGACAGGUACGAAUUCUCUUCCCACAUAACUCGAGGGGAGCACCGUUUCCACAUGGGUUAAAACACUGGCACAGAUCAAGCUUCAACAGCUGCAUUACUGGAGCUGCACGAGCCAUGACAGCAACAAAGCAAAAGUCAGCUGGACCGUAAAAGUCACAAGAGAAUCAUAAGUUCAGCAAUGCUCUCCCACAAGAACAGGGAUUUAAUUUUGGUAGCAUGCAUUGCAACUCAGUUUUCUAAAAUGAGUUUUUACUGAAAAUGUUUGAUCACCAAAAACCUUUAGUAAUGUAAGUAGGAGUUUUUGUAGUCACAUAGCUGAAAGCCCUUCCCUGAACUGAUGCUUCUUGCAAGCCCCCCUUGCCAGAACUCUUAACCACGUGCAGGAUGCUCCACACAAUAAGGACACAACAGGCAGCAGUGGCCAGGCUUUCUCUCUUAGCACCCUGAGCGCAGGGCUCUUCUACCAGAUGUGUAAUUUUUUUUUUGAUUUCUGGUAUUAUUUGACUAUUUUGAGAAGAUUGAACUCAACUAAAGAUGGAUGGACCCAUUUUUGAUGACUUCCUCAACAGCUGGGGUGGGAUGGGACCCCCUCAGCCAGAAGGUUCUGAGCUGCUUUUGUGAUAAGAAGAAGAAGAUUUCCACCUGCAAGGGUGCUACUGGUAUUGAUAGCACAACAUGCCUUGUUUGUGUCACUAGGCAGGCGAGCAGGAAUGCAAAAGAUAGAAGAAACACCCUUGUAAUAUACUCUGUGAAGUAUGAAUUGCAUUUAUUGUAUAGAAAAAGGGUAUUGUUGGCUCUUCUUUGAAUAAAUAUUUUCUCUUCCUAUCCAAUAAACCCCCACUUUUUGUUAAGCAACCCCUCCUUACUAUGCGUAUAAAAGUUACAAUGUAUUUAAUUUUUCUUUCUCUUUAAAGUUUUAGUUAUUUAGAAGAGUAUGAUGUACAGUUGAGAAAGUAGAUAGGUAUAUGUGUGGGGAGUCUCCUUAAGCACAUUUUUCAUCUUUUUAAAUUGUCUGGAAAAUAUCCAAAUGUCCCUCUCUUAGAUAUAAAAAAAUCACAUUUUGCUGGCACAGAAGAUGUCCUCUUGUAAAUUUUGUGGCUCUACUCAUAAGUGUUGCACUUGAUUAUUUUUAAAGCUGAGAUUAAUUAAAACAGCCAGUCAAAAUUUGCAGCUGUCUUCUUUUUUCCUGGCAUUUGUCAUUUAAUGAGGGACAAAGACCCACAAAGUUGUGGUGACCCUUUACUUCCUAUCCAACCAGUCAUUUCAUUAAGUGCUUUGAGUUACUUUUACUUCAGUGGAACUAAUCUUAAGAUAUAAAAAAUAUUGGGUUUUGCAGAAUUGAGACCAGAGUCUGCAGCACUUUGCAGAAUGCAGAAAAGUCCACCAAAAUCUUUCUCCAUGGUGGGUUCUGCUGCAGGUACUGUAGCUUCAGUUAGAAUCAAAACUUCUAUGACAAAUAGAUUUUAACUCCAUACACAUUGAUAAAACCCCCUUUCUUUUAAAGCUUCUACUUAGAUUCCUCUUCCAAAUAUUUCAUUUCUCUCCCUGAACAUCCUCAUGUUUUGAGACUGGGCAGAAAUAAAUUUUUUGCAGCUGCAUAAAAAUCUGUCACUGGUGCUGCAAUAUUUUCUGGGAAACAUUCAUAAAAAAACCCCAUCUUAUUAACUUAAUGUAGAAAAUACUUCCACUCUGCAUAAGGAAUAGAUAUUUUACAGUAAACACAGUCAAAUACCCAACAAGACUAGCAGUCUUGUCGUACAUUUACAAAUUUUCCAUUCACAAGUGCAUGCAAGCACACGUAUUUACUAUAAAACAGAUUUGAUGGGACCAUGAACUGCUUGUAGCUGGGCCAAUGUGGCCUGAUACUACAUUUGCAGCUAUACUUGAUAAACAUUUCCUAUAUACACAUACUAUUACAGGCAUGCCAAGUUCCUUCUUCUUCUUUCACUUUGGCAGGUGUAGGUCAGGAACAACGACGCUGAAGCCGAGGAAGGACACUGAUGAAAAAAUGAAUCACAAAUGUGUGCUUACACAACCUCAAGCUUUGGCUGUUCAUGCCAGCUGUGAGGCCCUUGCUUCACUGGACAUGUGGGCACGGCAGUGUUUUUACACUGAACAUGCAGGAGAGCCUGACAAUGUGGUGGCUUUGUCACCAGAGGUGAAUGCUGUGUAGGAAUGCCCACAGACUGGUGCAUGCAUCCACACCAGGGAAAACACGUUACUAGUACAUGCCAUGCCCCCAAAAUGAGCAGCGUGAACUACAGACCCAAAGGUGAUCAUCUCUAUUCCCACAUUAGAACUCAGUUACCUUAAGGGACUUUAUUGAUUCCCUCUACUCCUGCAUUAUAACUCAGCUGAGAGGUUAUUGCUUGUUACCUUCCAGCCCAAGAGGCUAAGCCAGGGGUGGGCACAAGGAAUCCCUGGCCACUUUCAUGCCCCAGCCAAGGUCUUGUCAUCAAUGCCUGCUACACAUUCAGUUUCAAUUCUCCUGGCAAUAAGGUGUUACCAAAUGUUUUGCAUAGGAAUGAUCUGAAGAGGACUUUCCAGGGGUUACAUGGAAUGAGUUUCCUUUAAUUUUAACCUUUCUUUAAUUUUAACCUUUCUUUAAGUACAGUUGGAAUGGGUUCAUUUUUCAUAGCUGGCAGGGUUACAUUCAGCUGUUCUUACCCUUUUCCAAUUUUGAUUGAUGCCAAAUGAGAGGGUACAAAGUAAUUUCUGAGCCCUGCUGCAAUGUCCUGUGUGAGAUCAGACAUUGGCUGUACAGAAUUGUUCUGCUUUUAUUGCUCUUAGACCUCUUUCCUGUUCUUCUUAGGUUUAGGUCGCUAUAUACCCCAUGUCAUAAUUUUUUCCACCCUUCUUUUUAAGAUCCCCCCAGUUAUACAGGGGAGGGGAACAGCAGCUCACUCAGGUGGUUUUGUUUCUUUGCUUUUGCCAAAAAGCAACACUGAUGAAGCCACGUGCAUGAACCGUGUAAACAAGCACAGCUCCAGCGGAGUUCAAGUGUGCCUCAAACACAGCUUUGAGAGGUGAUUUCAGAUUCCUGGGUAGGUUUGCUACCUUCACCACAUCUCUGUGCACACACACACGUCUGUGACCCUGUGUCUCUCCUCCUGUCCACAUGCACAUGCCCUCUCUACGGCUUUGUGUAUCAUUAAUAUUUUAUAUACAUUUGUAUGUGUAUAUAUGUCUAAAAUGGUUGGUAUGACAUGAUGAUGCACUGUCACUCACAGUGGGUUUGUUUCCUGGCUCUGGAGUUUUCUUAUUUAUACUAUAACAGAAUAUGUUGAUGUUGUAUAAUAAACAGUACAGUAGUAUAAGUAAGUAGAUUAAGACACAGUGUAUCAGGGCAUAGUCUAAAGGCGGAGCAAAUGGAUUCUCUGUUCACUAAAGGGCUUUUUUAGUUUUGCUUUUUUCCAGUGUUUUUCUCUUUUGCACAAAAUCAUCUUCAAUUUGUUCAGGAACAAGUGGUUCAGUAAUUUUAUUUAUAAACAUAUGCAAGGAUGGCGUAAAAAUAGGAUGUUGUGUCUGUGUACAUUGAAACAAACUGUGCCCUCAGAAAAGUUUAGUGAAUUCUUCUUUUUUUUCUCAUUUUUUGCUAUGGUGCAAUACCCUGAUAUGGCUUAGUUGACCUUUAAAAGGAGUAAAUAUGUGAGUGGUUUUAAGUUUAUAUCUGUUUUAAAAAAGUAAAAAAUAAUUGCUUCCCAUUCUUCCCCAGGCACUGCCUUUUCUAAUAGAAAAAGUUGUAUUUACACCUUUUUUUUUUGCUGUGGUUUUAUAUUGUAACUUCAUUUUCUUUGAAAAUAUUGUAUUUAAAAAAAAAGCGAUUUCAUAAAAAUUGGAAAUAUUAUUAAA